AUGUUUCCCGUCAUAUUCCGAUGGUUUGCGGUGGUUGCGGCCGCCAAAGUGGUCACCGCGCAAGUUGUCGACAAUCUACAGUUUGUCGAUCCUCUUAUCGGUGCCAGCAAUGGUGGUAAUGUCUUCCCAGGCGCCUCGUUGCCCUAUGGCAUGGCGAAAGCCGUGGCAGACACGAAUAGUGGGAGCAAUCAGGGCGGCUUCACCCUCGAUGACAGCAACAUCUCGGGAUUCAGUUUAAUGCAUGAUUCCGGAACAGGGGGAAGCCCAUCUCUUGGCAACUUUGCACUGUUUCCCUUCGCCAGCUGCCCCGGCGGAGACGUCAAUAACUGCGUGUUCCCCAAGAGGUCGCGCGCGGGGUUCGGCGCCUUUAACAACGAUUCCGUUAUCUCGGAGCCUGGUUAUUUCAGCAUCACCCUUGACUCGGCGAUUCAAGCAGAGAUGACCACAACCCACCACACGUCGAUCUUCAAGUUCACCUUUCCAGCUUCUGCGGGCAACGAUAGCCAACCUCUGAUUCUCCAGGACCUGACGGACCUACAAGAUAGCCGGCAGGAUAAUGGAACCGUAGCUGUCGACGCGACGACAGGACGCAUCACUGGAAAUGCGAGGUUUUCUCCUAGCUUUGGCGUAGGCAACUACGUGCUUUACUUCUGUACUGACUUCUCGGGGGCUGACAUCCUGGACAAUGGAAUUUACUCAAACAGCCGGGCCAGCACGGACGUCAAGGAAUUUACGAUUUCGCGAUCCAUCAAUGGGUAUCCUCUUCCUGGUGGCGCUUUCGUACGAUUUGCUGAUGGAGGUCGUCCCAUUUAUGCGCGAACUUCAACAAGCUUUGUCAGUGUCGAUCAGGCGUGUGCACAUGCUGAAUCUGAGAUCCCGGACUUCGAUUUUGACGGUGUGCGGGACGCAGCAAGAACUGCAUGGAGGGAGAAAUUGAGCUACAUUUCUGUUGACACAGAGGGAGUGGAUGUCCCGUUCCUGAGAAACUUCUAUAGCGGGUACUACCGCACAAUGAUCAAUCCGCAGAAUUAUACGGGCGAGAAUCCGCUCUGGUCGAGUAGCGAGCCGUAUUUUGACUCUUUCUACUGCUUAUGGGAUUCUUUCAGGUCACAGAUCCCCUUUUUGACUAUUGUUGACCCCAGAGCUGUGGAAGAAAUGAUUAGAUCUUUGAUCGAUACUUACGCUCAUCUUGGCUGGCUGCCAGAUUGCCGCAAGCUGACUCAAAAUGCUGCAGGUGGGUCCAAUGCGGAUGUUGUGCUCGUCGACGCGUACCUCAAGAGUAUUUCUAGUGGCAUUGAUUGGAACCUUGGAUACCAAGCAGUAGUCAAGGACGCUGAAGUCGAACCUUAUGAUUGGUGUUGUAAUGGACGCGGUGGGCUUGACAGUUGGAAAGCUCUAGGCUACAUUCCGGUACAGGACUUCGACUACAAGGGCUUUGGGACAAUGACUCGUAGUGUCUCCAGGACACUCGAGUAUAGUUACAACGACUUUUGCAUCUCCGAGCUAGCUGCUGCACUGAACAACACAGCUGAUCAAGAGAAAUACAUCGCGUCGAGCGGGAACUGGCAGAACCUUUACAGAGCCGACCAGACGUCUUUCCUCAACACGUCCACUGGGCAAGUGGACACCGGCUUCUUAGGCUUUUUCCAGCCCAAGUUUCUGAAUCGAACCUGGGAAUUCCAGGAUCCAUUAACUUGUAGCAAUAUCGACAGUUCAGGAAUUGCUUGCUCUCUGCAGAAUUCCGGCAGAGAGACAUUUGAGAGUAGCCUCUGGGAAUAUGGCUUGUAUGUUAUUCCCUUCUGUCAGCUCUCGCUACAAGGUACUCACCCGACUAGUUUUGUUCCCCAUGAUCAAGCAACACUCAUCGCGCUCUACGGCGGCCCCGAAAGCUUUGUUCGCCGACUCGACUACCUCCACGACCAAAAUAUCACUUACAUCGGAAACGAGCCUGCUUUCCUCACUGUAUUUCAAUAUCACUACGCUGGCCGUCCUGCGCUCUCUGCAAAGCGCUCACACUUCUACAUACCAGCUUUCUUUAGUCCGACACCCGCUGGCCUCCCAGGAAACGACGAUUCUGGUGCUAUGGGAAGUUUUCUAGCAUUUAGCAUGAUUGGAAUGUUUCCUAACCCUGGACAAGACGUCUAUCUAAUUACCCCACCCUACUUUGCCAGUGUAAAUAUUACGCACCCGGUCACAGGCAACAUUGCUACCAUCCGCAACAUCAAUUUCGAUCCGACAUACGAGGCAAUUUUUAUCCAAUCUGCGACACUCAAUGGUGUUCCGUAUACAAAAAGCUGGGUGGAUCACAGCUUCUUCACCGAGGGAAAAACUUUGGUGCUUACCCUUGGGCGGAACGAAAGUAGAUGGGGCACGGGAUUGGAGGAUUUGCCACCAAGUCUUGGGACGUACAUGGGUUUCAAUGGUUCAUACGCCGGAAGUAGUAGAAAUGUGAGGAGGAUGACGAAUUACCGGUCUGAUUUUGCGAGAUUUGAAUGA